AAUAUUGCCAUCUCGCUUAUUCUAAAUGCUUUUGUUAUUCUUUGUAAAUACUUUUUGAAGAAACAAGGCUGGAUAAACAUUGACCGUGAUUUCUACCCAUGCAUCUUUGUAUUUAUCAUUAGUUAGCUAGCUAAACAUUUUUAUUAUGCCUUGAAGUAAUUUUUAUUUUAUGUGGUUAUCCUCAGUAAUUUCUAAAGAUAACAAACAACAAAAUGCUCUGUUACUAACGUUUAGUGCUUCUGCACGAAGUAAAAUGUUGGACAACGAAAGUAAGUCAUCAGAUGGAGAAGGAACUUUUCUCACUUCGUUAAAUGCAGAUGAUCUUAUGCUAAUACAAAAUGCAUUCCUGAAAGCAUCGAAAUUAACUGACGAAGAGUACAUGUCAAGAGGGAAAUUCUGUAAGAUUUUAGAGUCGACGUUAUUAAAAGGUAGCACUGAAGACUAUUCGGAUUUAUUUGAUUUAAUUGAUAUCUCCAGAGAAGGACAAAUUAGUUGGGAUAGGUUUUCAAAUCAUCUUUUGUUAGAGUUUUAUGAAAGAGAUGACAGGAUAAAAGCUACACAGAUACCACAAUGGCAAGAUCUUAAACCAAUACCAACGCCUCACAAAGGCUUUAUAUGCAGGAUUAUGUUAUCAUCUCCGAAUAGGUAUUGUACUGUUAGCAAAGAUGGUUUACUCUGUAUGAUGAAUGAAAAGUUUAAAUUAAAAAGGACCUGUCAGGUGCAUACAAAUCCUGAAGUAAUACGCUCGAAAGAUUUGUGGAUUACAGAUGCAAUGUUAAUGUCAAAUGUAAAUAAAGUUGUAUUCUCUACAACUAGUAGGGAACUAUGGAUCUAUGAUUUGUCAAGUAAGACAGACUUUGUGUGCCAGUAUAAAAUAUACGGAUUGAAAUCCAUCCCUCUUUGUGUAAACUAUUGGACUAAUCGUAAUAAUCAAAGACAGUCCAUAUUAGCAUUUGGUGACACCAAUGGCGAAAUUCAUAUAUUAUUUUUCAGUGUGGCAAACGGUAUUUUGUUUGAUAGACCGUUAAAGUCUGACAAUAACCCGGAUUCAUGUUUUCCAAUGCAACUGAAGGAAUUCAUUGCAGGUAUACAUCCCUCUGUUUCCUAUCUCUCAUACCAUAUCCAUACCGCCUGGGUUCGGCAGGUUCGAUAUGCUUCGUUGUUAGAUUGUUUUAUAUCUUGUUCAACAAACGCUACGGAUUCGAUUGUUUUAGCAUGGUUAGGUAAAGCUAGGAAAGGCGUCAGAUUGACAAAGGUUAAAAUACCUUUAGGUGUGAAUUGUUUUGAUUAUCAAGAAAAGUUAAAUCUUAUUGCUACAGCAGGUAUUGAUAAUCGCAUAUGUUUGUGGAACCCGUACGUUGUAUCCAAGCCUGUGGGAGUGUUGCGUGGACACAUGCAAAGUAUCGUCGGCGUUCAGUUUCAUCAUUCCAAGCAACAGUUGAUAAGUUUAUCAAAGGAUAAAGUUUUACGAGUUUGGGAUGUUAAUAUGCAGCUUUGUUUGCAGAGACUGACUGGUGUUUUUCCGAAAGGUCCUGAUGUUAACAUAUUUAUGUUUUUCGAUCAUGAGCGAUUGAAUUUGUUGACAUCGUUUAACCAUACUUUGGUAUUGUUGAAAAUGAAAACAGGAGUCAGAGAUCGUAUUGUAAGUCACGAGGCUGCUGUUACAGAUGUUGUUUAUAAUAGCAAAUUUGAUCAAGUUGUUAGCGUGUGUGAGAGGUCUUCUAUCAAUAUAUGGAUUUUAAACACGGGGCAGAAAAUAAAGCAUUUCCUAAGCGCACAUGAUGAUGCGGAGAUUACUGCUGUUGCAGUUGAUCAAUCGCAGACUCGCAUACUAACUGCCGGAACAGACGGUAUAAUAAAGAUCUGGGAUAUUAACGGACAUUGUCAUCACGAUCUGAUCGUUGAGAAUGGUAGUCCUUGUGAGAUUGGUGAAAUUCUUUGUUUGAACAGAAUGGUACUAGCAUUUGGUUGGAGCAAGGAGGUUUGUUGCUUCCCAACAAGUGAAAUGAAAUCGUAUGAAUUAUAUCCGAUUAAUUGGAAAGGAAAGAAUCAACACUGCGAUGAUAUAUUAGUAGCAGAUUUUCAAGAACCAAGACAUCUAGUUACAGGGAGCUAUGAUGGCGAUAUAGUGUUUUGGAAUACCAACACUCAAAAUUCAACCAAGAAAAUAAGCGAGCAGCGAAAACGGACCAAAAGUAGAUUACUGCCACCUUUGACGUCAUCUUCUGAUAAACAACGUCCUUUUUCACGAUUGAGUCGUACCGCGAGUAGAAAUCGACAACGAGUUGCUCGUGCAACUUCGAUAAAUAAGUUACCGGAAGAGAAUUUUCCAGAUUCAUCUAGCGCUGUAACAGCGAUAAACUUCUUAAAAAAGAGAAACAGUCUAGAACCAUACACAGCCGAUUUGUGUUCAUGUCAUCUGGAUGGGCAUGUUCGUUUUUGGAACAGUUCGACAUGUGAAAAAAUAAACGAAUUCAAAGCUUUUAAUUAUUUUGGCGCUGUAGUUUCUUCCAUUGAUUCUAAUAAUAUUUAUUUAGGCACAGGAGAUGAAUCUGGAAUGUGCAAAAUUUGGAACAUUGAUAACUACGCUAUCAACAAACAGGCGGAUUUUAGUUAUUCCACCGCUGUAAGUGUUUUUAGUGCGCCUUUGUUAGCUACAUCUUUCAAACCACACAUUGACGCCAUAACGAGAAUUGCAUUUGUUGAAAAGAAAGAUGAUUUACUGAUCUUGACAGCAUCCUGUGAUUGCUCUGUAGCCUUGCAUCAUUUUGACCAACUCAUUGGCAUUUUUGGACAAAAAACACAUUGGAAUUUAAAUGAUAUGCUAUUGGACCCUUCAGUGAUUCAUACAGACGCUGAAGAAAUGCUAGUUGACGAAAGUGAUCUCGGUAAUGAACACGAGGUUGAGAAUCUUUUACCCACCGUUGAAGGAGAUAUUUCUGAAUCAAUCCAAAAACCUGUACAUGAUCUGACACCAUUGACUGAAACAGCUAGUGUCUCGCAGACAUACACACCAGUAGAAGACGUACAUAGCGAAGCAUGGGAUAGGACUAUUCUAGGUAAAACAUAUCAGGAAGUGCGAAAUACGAAACGAAAUCGAAAGCAACCUUACGAGCUAGAGACAAUCUCUACAUCUGUUUCUAAUGAUAAACAAACACGGUCAUAUCGUUGUUUGGAAACAAAGGAAAUAAAUGCUGUUUGCUCAUUUGAAAAACCAGACUUUGUUACACAUCCAGAAAAGUAUUUUCUAGGCAGUCAAGACGAAGUGUCGACAUCGAAUGAUCUAUUACCGCCCACUGUUGAAAUGCUGACUUUACGCCAUGAUGAGAAAAGUAUAUUUCCUAAGUACAUCCUGGAUAUGGAGUCAAAAAUGAAGGCCGCCCAUAAAUUAAUUGGUUCCAGACAGACGGUUUUUUCUCGCUUGUCAGAAUCUGUCAGUCGAGCUGGUCAAAGCAGAUCGAAUUAUAUGUUUGCUAAAACAUCUUUAAAAAGUAAUCGAUGGAAAAACAUAAUAGAAGAUGGUACUUCGGUUUCUUCUUCGAGUGUCACUGAAUCAUAAGUGAAGAUGACGUAAUAGAGCAUUUUUAACGAAGAUUCGGGGAGCAGGGUGUCUUAAAAAGUAAUAUUUGUGUUCAUUGAGAAAUUUGUUUAUACACGUUUUUUUAUUACAAGAAAGAUGCAUUUGGGCUUAGGCUCAAUGUUUCUUAUUUUUUGCGAGAAAUAAGCCUCGAAUGAUUCUUAUUUGUUUCUUAUUCUCAAUUGUUUCAAAAACAUGCUUUUUCGAUAAACAAACAUACUUCCUACCUGAGAAAAAUCGAUGCAAAUGUUUUCCUGUGAGUUUUCUUUCACCAUAAAAAUGUGCAUACAACCUCCGCUGAUUUUUUUUCACUGUUUGCUAUGCUGGUAGAAGAGUGUGCAGAUGAUAGAAAUAUUUAUGAUUUGUUUGACUUUUAGAGCUUUCUGUUCAGUUUUUGGUUCUUGAAGAAGAAUAUGUCCUAGAAAAAAAUUGUUUCUUGCCUUCCUGAGCCCGCCCAUGUUUCUUAGAUGUUUCUUAGUUCUUUGCCAAUUUGAGCCUAUGUUUCUUGUAUGCAUGUUUCUUGUAAAAGUCACCCUAAAGGAGAGUCGAACAAAAAACUUUUUUGCGGGAGCCACAAAGAAACUUUUUAAUUCCCAAAUCUACUAAAAUAUGCUAUAACGACAUAUAAUAACUAUGCUUCAUAACUAAAUAUUCAUAUUCCUUACAAGCAACAUUUUUACAAAGUUUUUAUAGCGCAAAAGAUGUUUUAGAUGGGCUUACCAAUACCGUAAAUCACGGAUCAGGCGCCCGGGGCGUUUACUUAAAAAUUUCAUCUUGACAGGGGGCGCUUAAUUGGCAACGGCGGUUAAUUUAGCAGAGGCGCUUAUUAAUUUUUUUUAGAAAAGCAGAUUUUGUAAACUUCAUUCUCAUAAUUUUUAUAAAUACAAAAUUGAAAUACAAACAAAAAAGAAAAAAUACAAUAGUAGUAAUGUAUCUUUUAUGUCUAUAUACGGUGUUUUUCAUACCGAUCCAAAUAAGGGCCCUCUUUUCCCUUAGGGGAGGGGCGCUUACUUACAAAUUUUUCCCUAACACCAGGGCGCUUAUUCGACCGCGGCGCUUAAUCUGUCAUUUGCGGUAAACAUAGAAAACAAGGUUAAGUAAGUUCAGUAAUAAAAAAUUUUCGUCGUGUUAUAUUUAUAUAAUAGCAAUUUUUGUAUUUUAAUCUUUAACUUUUUUCUAAUUUAUUAUUUUUGAUAAAAAGGUGCUAUCAUCACAUUAUAGAGAAACAU